AUGUCUACGCAAGCCGCGCACCCUGCCCUGCUCAUCCCAGGGCCCAUUGAGUUCGACGAUGCCGUGCUCCAGUCGAUGAGCCACUUCAGCGAGUCCCAUGUUGGUCCUGGCUUCGUGGCCACCUUUGGCGAGACACUGAGCAUGCUCCGCCAGCUCUUCCAGACCACCGAUCCUGCCUCUCAGCCCUUUAUCCUCAGCGGUUCCGGCACCUUGGGUUGGGAUCUGGUGUCUGCUAACUUGAUUGAGCCCGGCGAGGACGCCCUGGUUCUGAGCACCGGAUACUUUGGCGACAGCUUCGCCGACUGCCUGGCCACCUACGGAGCCAAGCCCACCAAGCUGGAGGGGCCAAUUGGCGGACGACCCCAGUUCCCGGAGAUCGAGAAGGCAUUGUCGGAGAAGAAGUACAAGCUCGUCACCGUCACCCAUGUUGACACCUCUACCGGCGUUGUGAGCGAUCUCAAGGGCCUUGUCCAGGCUGUCAAGAAGGUUUCUCCGGAAACAUUGGUCAUUGCCGACGGCGUCUGCAGUGUAGCUUGCGAGGAGAUUGCAUUCGACGACUGGGGCUUGGACGGCGUCAUCACUGCAAGCCAAAAGGCCAUUGGCUGCCCGGCCGGAUUGUCCAUCUCAAUGUUCAGCGGACGAGCGAUGGAGACGUUCAAGAACAGAAAGUCACCUCCGGCAUCUUACUUUGCCUCGAUGAAGAACUGGACGCCUAUCAUGCAAAACUACGAGGCUAAGAAGCCGUCGUACUUUGCUACCCCAUCACCCCAGCUUGUCCACGCCUUGAACACCGCCCUGAAACAGAUUUUGGCACGACCGCUGUCCGAGCGCUUCCAGAAGCACAAGGAGGUGUCUGACAAGAUCAAGAAGGCGGUUUCCGACCUUGGGCUGCAGAUUGUCGCAACCAAACCCGAGGAUCAGUCGCACGCCAUGACAGCCAUAUAUCUUCCCGAGGGCGUUCAGAUUGCCGAUGUUCUUCCCAAGCUGGGUAGCAAGGGCGUCAUCUUUGCUGGUGGCUUGCACAAGGCGAUUGCUACCAAGUACAUUCGAUUUGGACACAUGGGCGUCUCUGUUACGGACCCCAACAGAAACGAUGUCGACAAGGCUCUUGAUGCCCUGAAGACCAGCUUGGCCGAGUGCGGCUAUACCAAGGCAUAG